AUGAGAAAACAAGCCUUCCUCAAUGUUUUGAGAAUUUCUCUUCAUCAUCACCCACAACAACGGCAUUCUUGUGGAAUGUUCCCGAGGCUGAUGAUGAACACUUCAGCGACGAAAAAUCACAACACGAUGAUCAUCAAGAAUAAUCCAUUCAUUACAACAACAGUCAACCACACACGAAAAUUUCAUACGUCCUUCUCCGUUGCUUUGAAAAAGUCAUUCAAUGGAUUACAAGCAUCAUCAUCCUCACCAUCAGUACCCACUCCGAACGCAUCAACGUCCAAUCCCUACUCUCCCAAAUAUAAUAUUGUUAUUGUUGAUAUUGAAGGAACUUCCACUAAUGUGAGCAUGUGCAGAAUCAUUGAAGUUGCUGGAGCCAGAAUCAUCGAUGGCACUUCUAUAAGCUCUUUCACAAGUUUAGUCAAUGCUGAUAUUCCAUAUGUACCAGAACAAGUGGCAGAAAUUACUAAAAUUACCAAAGCCAUGCUCGAAUUAGCACCUCCUCCUCAGAUUGUCUUGUCUCAAUUGUACAAUUUUUUGAGUUCUCAACCCUCUCUAUUGGUUGGACAUAAUGUGAGAUUUGAUGCAAGUGUGAUCUUUAAUGAGUUUGUGAGGUACAAUCUCAUCAAUAACAACACUACGGAAUUGUCCUCUUCGGUAAUGUAUAACGAUUUUUCAGAGCAUCCCUUAUUUGCCAAUACGCUCUGUACAUUGAAAUUAGCGAGAAGAUUAUUUCCAGGUCAAACCGAUUACAAAUUAGGAAGUCUGAUUGAAAAUUUGGGACUGGGACGAGCAUCUAUGAAUGCUCACAGAGCUCAUGCAGAUGUUUCCAUGACUUCGUCGUUAUGGCGUAAAAUUUAUCGUGAAUGUUAUGAUCGAAUGGGAGGUGGUGAAGUGAUUCCAGAUCAUGAUUUUUUCCUUAAACUUCAAGAAACACCUGCCAAAUCUGUGGAUAAAUUUAUUGAAAUGUACAAAUUGGAGAAGGCUUACAGUAAAUGA